AAUACUCUCAUUCCAAAUUGAACAUUUCUAUACCUCAGCUUAAUUAAUUAAAGUGUGAUUUAUACAUCAAAGGAUACCUUUACUCCUUUUUCCAAUUUGUAAAAGAAUUUAACGCAUUUACCAACGCCAGUUAUCAAACACAUAUCACCACAGGAAUGGCAUUUAUCUUUUGAAUGGUUUGAAUGAAAACAUAAAAAUCAACAACUGGGUAUGGGAAUGACAAUAAAGAGAUUACAUUGAUUGUGCUCGGGUAUUUUAAGAGCUUCAGUAGUAGCUUCGAUCGGUUUACACCGUAACUAUGAAAACAAUCAACCUAAAGGCGUGUACACAUGAGUGGCAUCAAUAAUCGGCUGUACAUUUUACUGUAGAUAAUGUUAGAAAUAAAACCGAGCUAAUAAAACAUUCUUAUACCAAGUAAUGGUACAACCAAGCAAAAAAAAGUACAAAAGUCUUACUUAAUUUUGAUUAAUAUUCAAUUUGCAUAAAAGUGCUUCAAUGUGCUUCAAACAUCACUUAUGAGAGAAUCUUGGAUUUGGGGACAUAGUUUUUCAGACAUAUUUUCAAAACAUUUUACAUACAUUAAGGCAUUCUCAAGUAGAGCAUAGUUUAAAAGAAAACUUUGAAGAUUAAAUUUUUAAAAUAAAAACAACACAAUAAUACCACAAAUUGAUCGACCAAUUUGGAAGCACAUCCGAACCGCGAAAGACAUAUCUUUAUGGAGAAAGUAAACCACUGCUUAUGGGAAUUUAGACAACAGUCUUCACUAAUAUACAUAGGAGGUCGAUCAAUUUCACCGCCAAGAGGAGUCUACUUUUUGCAAUACGCUUAGUAGUAGUAGGCUUUGACUACUCUCCUCAACCAACUUGAGAAGAGUGAGGUCGUGAGGGUGUAGCUGUCAAAACAUUAUUUUUUUUUCGGAAGAAAUGUUCUGUUAUUUGCGGUUGGCAUCGUUCUCCAUCCUAUAAACCACCAUGAAAAAAGCAGACGCGGAUCCAAACAAGGGAGGUAGCGUAGGUUCGUCAGGACAACCGGGUACGAGCAGCAGCAAACCUACUGCAUCGAGAAAAGCACAACUCAGCUCCUCAUUACAGAACAGCUUCACAAUGGUCGCGGGUAGCAGUACCAACUUCCACUCGGAGUUCCGCAAUGAUCCGGUGACGAAGGAGAUGCGACAAAUUCGGGAAGAAAAUGCACGACGUCAAAAACACGAUUACUCACACGUAUUUAGGAAUAAAUCCAGGUUCGAUUUCAUAAGAAUCUCAGCGGUCAUAAUGGGUAUGGAGUUUGUGUAUUCAGCCGAGACGGCCUUUGUCUCACCGAUCUUGCUCAGCAUUGGCAUCGAACAUCAGCUAAUGACCAUGGUUUGGGGCAUUUCGCCACUGAUCGGGUUCUUCCUAUCGCCCGUUAUCGGUUCCAUUAGCGAUCGGUGUCGAUCGAGGUUUGGCCGUAGACGUCCAAUACUGUUUGCGCUUGGGGUUGGCCUGAUAACGGGUUGCUUACUGGUACCGUACGGUAAGAACAUCGGUGCCUGGUUUGGUGACUUGGGGGAAAUCGUAGACGAUCCGGUGAAUACUUUCAACAGUGCGGCCGCCCUCAUAGAUCUCAACGGAACGGUCGUGUCCGAUGCGUUCCACUCGUACAACUUCUAUCGAAUUGAUGAGGAAAUUGCCGAACAUCGGACAGACUAUCGAUGGGCGAUCGUCAUCACCAUCAUCGGUACGAUCCUAACCGACUUUAAUGCGGACAACUGUAUGACACCGUCCCGAGCAUUCCUGUUGGAUAUAUCGUUGCCAGAGGAUCAUGCACGCGCGUGUAGCACAUUCUCGAUUCUGGCUGGGCUCGGUGGUUCCGUAGGCUACGCGAUGGGAGGUAUCAAUUGGGAUGAGACUUCAUUUGGCGAGUUCCUGGGCGGAAGUAUCAAAACCGUCUUUACACUGGUGGUGAUCAUCUUCACCAUCUGCCUAACGAUCAGCUUAACCAGCUUCCGGGAGAUACCGCUUCCACUGCUCGAAUCGGACGAACUGUUACGUCCACUGACGGAAGCAGUAAUUAAGAAGGAGAAAGCUCGUCGCCAGAACCAAAUUUUUGUGGUAAAAGAUGUAAGCAAGGCGCUAACGGCACAGCUGCAAUCGAUCCAAUCGCCGCAAGAUGUCGUGCCGCAGAAGAUCAACAACGCUCUGGUUGAUGUGGAGAGAGCACCGGCGGCAAAAAAUAACGUCGAACUGGAGGAAGAAGAUGAAAAUAUUCCAAUGGGACCGAUGGAUUUCAUCAAGAGCAUUGUCAUGAUGCCGAAAUCGAUUGCGAUCCUUUGCCUGACGAAUCUGUUCUGCUGGAUGAGCCAUCUCAGCUACGCACUGUACUUUACGGAUUUUGUUGGUGAGGAAGUAUUUAAGGGCAAUCCGGCUGCACCGUCCUAUACGGACGAAUAUAAGCUAUUCCUGGAGGGCGUCCGGUAUGCUUGCUUCGGUAUGGCGAUCUACUCGAUUUCGUGCUCCACGUGUUCGUUCACGAUCGAGAAGCUUAUCAAAGUGUUGCGAGCCCGCACGGUAUACUGUGGUGGCUUAAUAUUGGACGCCAUCGGUAUGGCCUGUAUGGCAUUCUUCCCGAAUAAGGUGACCGUGUAUGUUCUCAGUGCCAGCGGUGGAAUCGUUUACGCACUGCUCUUCACCAUGCCAUUCUUGCUGAUCGGCCAGUAUCAUGCGAAGGGAACGUUUAAAGUAACGAAACCGGGCGCCGAACCGACACACGAACGGAAGCGUGGUCUUGCAACGGACAUUGCCGUCGUCGGUGGAAUGAUCUUCGUAGCACAGAUCAUCGUUGCCCUCGGUAUGGGAUCGCUUAUCUCUGUCUUCGGUACGACCUCCGUCGUCGUGUUCAGUGCGAGUAUUUGCAGUCUGCUAGCCUCGAUUUGUGCCUCACAAGUUGUCUAUAUGGAUCUGUAACUGGCCUCCAACAAGGAUGGACAGCACGAAACCCACAGAACCGUGGUAAUGGUGGGGUGCCAUUGUGAUACCAACCAACGUUAGGCAGUGUUGCUUCUACUACUUUGUGCCGCAAGCGUACUACUAGCAUCUUAUUUAAAUUGUGUAAAAUGUUGGUGUAAGGCAGGAGACACGAUGCGAUGCUUACUUUUUAAUGUAUUGUUAUGUUUUAACUUGACGCAAUAAACAUCCUCAAUGCAAUGCGCUCCCAUGUUGUUCGUGACCGGGGGUGUAUGAUUUA